UGUUGUUUAAAGACAGACUUGAAAAAUUGUGAACCUGUCCUUUAAGUCAUAAUUUGACUCUUCUGAACUCCUCAUGGCCUUUACCACGCCGCCCUCUAGUGGCCUUAUCAUAUAAGCGCAUAUCCAACUGCAUAACCUGUACACAGAAAGUUCAGUUUAGUUAGUUUUAGUGAUUAAUGUAUUUCUUUUAGGGCGAUUUGUAGAAAACGUAACGUGAAAAGUUACAGUUUCAGAGGAAAAAACGAGCGGGAAUCAGAGAGAAACCACAGCGCUGCACACAUGUCAACAGUCUGGAGAAACUGUCAUGUGAUCCGUCUGCCGAACCUCAGCCAGAAUGACAACCGUCAUUUGCAGCCCGCUGGCCGGUAAGCGACACCCUCCUUCCUCGGUGUCGUCCAACUGAACCGCAACACGUCGACUUUACUCCGCCAGCGGUCUUCUUCUCCUCCUCUUAAAUUCAGCCGGAGUUUGUUUGCGGAGCUGCUAAACUAAACAGCCGGUGAACAGGGAGUUUCUGCGGGGAGCAACAUGCGCUCCUUAGCGGGACUGGCUGCCAUUGUGGCGGCGGCGAGCGUCUACCUCUACCUGCUGUCGACUCAUCUUCCCCCGGGACCGGAGCACCUCCCGUCGGCCUCCGAGGAGGAGGACCAGCCAGUCCAAGAGUACAGGCUGAAGUUCCCGUCGGACCUGGACGAGCUGCGGGAGCUCGCAGAGAUGCUCAAGUUUUAUAAAAGAGAACAUCACGACUACGUUCUGCUGCUGUUCUGCAGCGCUUACCUGUAUAAACAGUCCUUCGCCAUCCCUGGCUCCUCCUUUCUGAACAUGUUAGCCGGUGCGAUCUUCGGGCCCUGGGAGGGUUUGCUGUUGGCCUGCAUGCUCACCACUUUCGGCUCUACUUUCUGCUUCCUGCUGUCUUCCAACUUUGGAAAGCAGCACGUGGUUCAGCUCUUCCCUGAGAAGGUGACGCUGCUGCAGAGGAAGGUGGAGGAAAAUCGUAGCAGUUUGUUCUUCUUCCUCCUUUUCCUUCGUUUCUUCCCUAUGACUCCUAACUGGUUCCUAAACAUCACCUGUCCUGUCCUCAACAUCCCCAUGCCCAUUUUCUUCUUCUCUGUGUUCAUAGGUUUGAUCCCCUACAACUUCAUCUGUGUUCGUACGGGCUCCAUCCUCUCAGAGAUCUCCUCUCUGGAUGACAUCUUCUCCUGGGGGACGCUGGCCCAGCUCCUGGCCAUUGCCCUCAUGGCUCUGGUCCCGGGAGCGCUGAUCAAACACUACAGCAAAGAUCAUCUCCACGUGGACGGCAUGGACGUUAACGGACAGAGUCAGGGUAAAAACAAGCAGGGCCGGAAGAGACGAUGAUUCUGGGGGAACAAAGGGAACCUAAAAGGCAACCUCGUAUCAGAAGACUCAAGGUCUUCACUGGUAGGCGUGUGACCUUAUGUGCACUGCGGCCUUGUGAUUUCUGUAAGGGCACAUUAAGAGGCUCAUCAUAUUUCUAGUAUGAUCUGUUUUUAAAAUUUGGAAACGUCCUCAGGUCUUGUUACACCAGGCUUUAAGACCAGAGUUUCCAAAAGAUCUCUUAGUCCUGAUACACACAUGUAAAGUUUUCUUCUGAAAAGAAGAAAAAAAUAUUCGGAUUUACGAAAAAAAAGAAAAUAUUUUAAGUAAAGCUGCAACGAUACCUUAAUUAAUUGAUUGAUCGACAGAAAGUGACGAUGGAAUAAUCAUUUUUGUCUUCUUUUUUUUAAGUAAAAACACUAAAAAUUUGCCAGUUGCAGCUUCUCAAAUGUGAGGGUUUGAAGCUUUUCUGUGUCAUACGUGAUAGCAAACUGAAUAUCUUUAGAUUUUGGGCUGCUGAUCAGAUAAAACUAACAUCCCUAUGAGCUAUAACUGGCAAUUUUCACUAUUUUCUGACUUUUUAUAGGUAAAACAGUUAAACAAUAAUGAAAAUUAGUUGUCAGUUGUAGCACUCCUACAGAAUGUAACAAAGCAUUUAUCUCAGCGUAGUGUAAGUCUCCCUCACACCGGCCUAUUUUAGUAAACUGUGCUAGUUUAGUAAACUAGCACAUAGGUCCACUAUGUUGCCAAGUUAUCACACUGAGUUUUAAAAGUAAUUUGUGUGAUAAAUAUGUACUGUAGAGCUGCACAGGAAGCCCCAGAAACAGUUCACGUUGGAUUAUUUUUUUGUCUUUGUUGUGUGUUCUGAUUAAACACUUUACUGGGAGUUAUGGAGACCAGAGUUAACCCGCUAGACGUUAAUAUCUUCUCCAUACACGUUUACUUUAUUUGCAGCCGUUAGGGCUCCAGAAACUUCUCCGUCUCCGUCUCCUCCUAAAGCACUUACACGUGUCUUAAUGUGAUCCUGGCUGCAUCCACAGGUGGGUUUUACAGAAGCUCACUGCAGACCAGGUGUGAAAGUAAAGGACAUGAAUGAUUUGGAGCAUCAACAUACGAUAAACUUGAUGCUUUUGUGAACCCAUUCGCUUGCGGUUUGGAGUUUGCAGCUUUUUAUAUCCUUCUAAUCAGAGUUUGUGCGUCUGUGCAGCUCAAGAGCACCGUGACAUUACAGUUUACUUCCUCACUUCUUACUUCAGACUCAGAAAGUGCAGAGUUUCACAGUACUUUCAGAAGCAGAUAAUUCAUAUGUAGACACUAUAGAGAUGGAUGUGUUACAGCCAGUGAAAGUCUUAUUAUAUUAAGAAAUACAUUCUUGUUUCUCUCCAUUUACAUUUAGAAAUUGUAGAAAUUCAGUUCUGUGACUUCAACCAAUGUUUGCGUCGAAGGAGCAGUAACUUGACAAAUGUAUUGAAUUUGAAGAAAACCAUGAGAAGAUCACAUUUUCUGUCUGUGUGAUUACUGUAUGAGUCCUUUAUCUGUUCAGCUGAAUGCAGUGUUGCACCUUACAGUAUGUUAUAUGUCACUAUCAACUGAUUUACUGUUAAUGUUUGAUAGUUUGGUCGUGUACUUAUUUAUUAUUUAAAGUCAGUUUUUUUGCAGAGCAGAGAGUCUUUAGAGAAUAGUAUUAAAAUAUAGCUUCUUAUCAAGAAACGUAAACAAUACUAUUUAAGUGUAGGGUCAUUGAAUGUAUAAAUGUCAUAUAUAAUCUAACUGUAUGAGCUCUAAAUUCAGGU